AUGCUCUUCUCGUCUGAAUCGCCGCUCAGAGCGGCUGCGACGGAGUAUAGCCAAAAACCUCCCAAAGGCGUACCAGAGUCGGUUGCAGUGCCCAACUCGGAGCUACCAGGUCGAAGCAAGGUAUACAGACACUGGAAGGUCGGCAGCAAAGAACUUCCCAAGACCAUCGAUCCAAAUGUUCGCACUGGUCAUGAUAUGUUUGAAUCUGCUGCCUUGUUAUACCCAAAACGGCCCUGUUUAGGAUACCGUCCUUGGAUCCCUGCCAGCAAAAGCUAUGGACCCUACGUUUGGAUCGACUACCAGACUGUCCAGAAGCGACGUGCGGCUAUUGGCGUUGGUUUAGCCGAGCUCCACGAGCGCCUCGGCUUCAAGGGUCGGAAUUAUGGAAUUGGCCUGUGGUGCCAAAAUCGGCCUGAGUGGCAACUCAUUGUGGAGGUUAACGAAUCAGACCUGGCCUGUAUGUCCCAGGCAAUCUUCUCUGUCUCUCUCUACGAGACUCUUGGGCCUGAAGCUACCGAAUAUAUCAUUCAAAAUACUGACCUGGCCUGUGUUGCCUGCUCUCUCCCUCAUGUUCCAACUCUGCUCAAGCUGAAGCCUCGUCUUCCUACCUUGAAGUUCAUAGUAUGUCUGGAAGAUCUCGAUUCUGACGAGCCCCAGGGCCACUCGAAGCGUGACAUCCUCAAGCCCAUUGCUAAGGAGCUGGGUGUUUCCAUCUACACACUCAAGGAGGUCGAAGAGCUUGGAGCAUCUCUUAAUCGUCCUUAUACCCUCCCAUCCCCGGAAGAUACCGUUACUAUCAACUAUACUUCCGGGACCACCGGCAUGCCCAAGGGGGUUGUCCUUACCCACAGAAAUGCUGUUGCUGCUGCCUCGUCCUCGCUUAGUACUAUUCCACAGGGACCAGGAGAUAUAGCAUGCUCCUACCUACCUCUAGCCCAUAUCUAUGGCCGCCUAAUUGAACAGUCUCUCCUCUGGGCCGGCGGCCAAAUAGGCUACUUCCAUGGAAACAUUCUCGAGCUUGUCGAUGACUUCAAGCUCUUGAGGCCUACCGUCCUUGCCUCCGUUCCCCGUCUCUACAGCCGUUUCGGCGGUGCCAUCCGUGCCGCAACCGUCGAACAGCCCGGCUUCAAAGGCGCCCUCUCCAGACACGUUGUUGCAACCAAGACGGCAAAUCUAGUUGAUGCCAAGCCUCAGGAAGCUACUCUCACGCAUUCCAUCUACGACAGGAUCUGGGCCAAGAAGGUUGCUGCCGGGCUUGGAUUUGACCGAAUAAGGUUCAUGGUCUCUGGCUCUGCGCCACUCGAUGCCUCUCUACAUCAGUUCCUCCGAAUCGCAUUCAGUGCCAACAUUGUCCAGGGAUACGGUUUGACUGAGAGUUACGCUAUUGCCACCUGCCAGGCCGGCUACGACCUGACUGCAGGCCACUGCGGUUCCGUUUCCAUUGCUCAGGAGGCCUGUCUUUUGUCUCUUCCCGAGAUGGAAUACUCCGUUGACGAUAAGCCUUACCCCCGGGGCGAGUUGCUCCUAAGAGGAAAUACCAUUUUCAAGGAAUAUUUCAAGAACCCCGAAGAAACCGCUAAAGCGAUGACAGAGGAUGGCUGGUUCCGUACCGGAGACAUUUGCAAGAUUGACGAAUUCGGUCGUUUCCACAUCAUCGAUCGCCGAAAGAACUUGCUCAAGCUUGCCCAGGGUGAAUAUGUAUCUCCAGAGCGGCUCGAGGGCGUCUACCAGAGUUAUUGUCCAUAUAUCGCCCAGUCGUUUGUCCACGGUGAUAGCAUCCAGUCUUACCUUGUUGGUAUCUUCGGCAUCCAGCCUGACAUCUUUGCUCCUUUCGCCAGUAAAGUGCUAAAGAAGCAGAUUACCAUGGAUGACGUCGAAGCUCUCAAGGCUGCUGCCAGUGACGAGAAAGUCGUCCUCGCUGUAUUGAAGGAUAUGGAGCGUGCUGCCAGGUCGAAUAAGCUUUCAGGAUAUGAGAGGGUAAAGAACGUUGCUCUCAUGGUUGAGCCGUUCUCUAUCGAAAACGGCCUCUUAACUCCGACCCUAAAACUUAAACGUCCACAAUCCGUCAAGAUGUACCGUGAUGUCCUGGACAAACUAUACGCCCAUACCCCCGACCUCUCAUCAAAGAGUGCCACCAAGGCAAAGUUGUAA